GGGAGGAACUGAAGGUGGGGAAGGGAGGCAGCAGCGUGGUUUGGGAUUACCAGAGCCACUGUGGGGACGGGGGAUCAACCGAGAGACCCGGGUGUUUGAGAGUGUCCCAGCGAGCGAGACUGCAGGAGGGGUUGGGUGCUGGAGGGAGCGGGAGGUCCGAGCCGCGGGGUUUGGGGUCAGCUGGGACCUGUCGGAGUGCGCGUGUCUGUGCAAGAGGCAGCUACAGACGAGAGGAUCCGAGGGCCACGCUGGGGCAACUGGGUGACUGAGGGCACUUACUGGAGGGAUGCACAGGCUGGACCUGGGGGCCCGGAGCUGCAGCAGCCUCCUUUCCGCCACAUAGGGGAUUCGGCAGCCCCCGGCAGAUCGGGUUGGUGACAGCAGGACCGUCCCUGCUCAGACCUGCGGUUGCUCGUGGCCCGUCAGCCUGGCUGGGCUGAGGCCGCCCGCACUCAUCUCAGGGCCCCUGGGCGGGCUGCGUCCCCGCGGAGCACCUCGCGCGGGCCGUCACAUCCCCUUCUGCCGCAGCGGCUCGAUCCAGCUCGUCUUCUGCGCCCACCUCCUGGCCGAGGCAGCUGCCGACGGGAGUCAAUCAAAGCUCCUCACCCGCCUUCCCUUUCCCCGGCGGUGCGUAAUUACUGGGAGCGGGAGCGAAUUCAUUCAGCUCUUCGCUCAGAUUUCCUCCGCCCCUUUCCAUGCUGCUCAUGUCACUCGGCACACAACGGCGCUCAGUCACGCGGCCGGCAGCCCCAGGUAGAUGACGAUUCCGGUCCCCUGGGAUGGGGCUCGGCCUGAUUAAGAACCCAGAUGCUCCUAACUGGGGCGAUUGGGUUCAGCCAAAACCACCGAUAUUCACCUAAGUAUCUUUGCACAUCGGGAGCUGGAAAUCCUUCCCGGCAUUGAGCUCGCUGCACUGCCUAGCUACAGCCUGGAAGAGAGAAGGGAAUGAAAGAGUAAAGCUGGAGCGUUAUGAAACCAGUAGGAAAGGGGGGAGAAGGUGUAGCUGAAAUAUUGCGGAUCCGGGAGCUGAGCAUCCCUGCUUUGAAGAUCCUGCUCCUGAGCUGAAUCACGGAGCCGUUUGUGGCCGGAAAAAUAAUCGUGUCUUUGGGACUCGUUCCUUUCCAGGCUGAUCCUUUCCCAAAUAAGUCAGGAAGGAAGCCUUGGGGGUGGGUGGGUGCCGCGGUGCGGGGCGGGGGACAGACCCCCGCACCCACCGUCCUCAGGCAGGUCUCCCCACGCAGAAGGGUGGGCACCGGGCCGGGCAGCCCACGCGAAGCUCCCAGGUGUUCAUCCUCCUCAUCCCCGCUUUUACUCUGGCCGGAGGGAAGCCCGUGCGGGGCGAAGGCUCUGGGGUGUGACGUCUCCCGUGCGGGGGGAUGCAUCUGCCCCAGCCUGGUUGCACAGGCCCCCCCAAGCACCCCUGGCUGCCGGUUCCUGGGGGUGCGAAGGGACCGGUGCUGCUGUCCCUGAGCGUUGUCCUUGAAGAGCGGGGCAGCCGAGCCACGCCACGCAGGAUCACACCCCCUCCCUUCAGAUCCACCGCGUCCCUCGGCACAAGCGGUAAAAAUAAACCUUGCCCGGCCGCCUUUGCGAGCCGCCGGGGCCUGGCCGGCACCCAAGCUGCAUCCGCAAAACGACGCAGCGGCUCUGAUUCACAGACUUGGAUCAUGAAUAUAAGUGAAGACUUUGACGUCAGAGUUGAGAUUUAUCAGCAGAUCCAAUGGGGCAGGAAUAUUAAGUGCAAGUCGAUGCCAGCUAUCUGCCAACGUUAUUAGCAAUGCUCACCGAGGAAUGAGGCUUAACACCAAGGACUGGAAGGACUGGGAAGGAAAAAAAUAAAAACGGGGGGAAGCAAGCUGAUCCUCAAGCAUUAAAGCCAGCGAUGCUGCACGGCCCCGCCGCCAUGGGGGAACCGUGGCAGCCGCAGCCGCAGCAGCAGCGGCUCCCGGGGCUCGGCAACGCCUCGGAGCCCAGCGCCUGGCCGUCGGCGGCGGCGGGCGGGCCGGGGACGGCGGCGCCGGGCGGCGGAGGCGGCGGAGGCGGCGGCGGCGCCGGGGACGGCGGCGGGGUCGGGGCCGGGGCCGGGGCCGGGGCCGGGGCCGGGGGGGCCGUGAGCCCCUGGGACAUCGCGCUGUGCGCCACGGGGACGGCGGUGGCGGGGGAAAACGCGCUGGUGCUGGCCGUGCUCUUCUACACGCCGAGCCUGCGGGCCCCCAUGUUCCUGCUGAUCGGCAGCCUGGCCCUGGCCGAUCUGCUGGCCGGGCUGGGGCUGGUGGCCAACUUCGCCGUCCGGUACCUGCUGCGGCCGCCCAGCGAGGCGGCGGAGCUGGGGGCGGCGGGGCUGCUGCUGGCCGCCUUCUCCGCCUCCGUCUGCAGCCUGCUGGCCAUCACGGUGGACCGCUACCUGUCGUUGUACAACGCCCUCACCUACCACAGCGAGCGCACGCUGGGCUUCACCUGCGCCAUGGUGCUGCUGAUGUGGGUGCUGUGCCUCGGCGUGGGGCUCCUGCCCCUCCUGGGCUGGAACUGCCUGCGGGACCAGAGCGCCUGCAGCAUCCUGCGGCCCGUCACCAAGGACAACGCGGCGGUGCUGGCCGUCACCUUCCUGCUCCUCUUCGCCCUCAUGAUGCAGCUCUACCUGCAGAUCUGCAAGAUCGCCUUCCGGCACGCUCAGCAGAUCGCCGUGCAACACCAGUUCAUCGCCACGGCGCAGGCCACCUCCACCCGCAAAGGGCUCUCCACCCUCUCGCUCAUCCUCGGCACCUUCGCCCUGUGCUGGAUCCCCUUCGCCAUCUACUCCUUGGUGGCCGACUCCAGCUACCCCGUGGUCUACACCUACUCCCUGGCGCUGCCCGCCACCUGCAACUCCCUCAUCAACCCCAUCAUUUACGCCUUCAGAAACCCAGACAUCCAGAAGUCGCUCUGGCUGGCCUGCUGCGGGUGCGUCCCUUCCACCUUCUCCUCCAGACCAAGGACAUCCAGCGACGUGUGAGGACUGAGCGCGGAGCCGGACGCGCUCCCUUGCUCUCCUCCUUUUCCCCUCUGUCGUUAUUGUUUCCUACCGGGGGGAACCCCGCUCCCCCCCUGCCCCCCCGGCAAGCACAUCUCCUUCCAUGAAAAGGUGGCCAAAAAAGAGAAAAAAGGGAAAGGGAAAAAGAAGGGGGAAAGAAAGAGAGAGAGAGAGAGUAGGAUGAGAAUAGUUUCCUUUAGAAAUGUUAUUUUCUUACACAUUUUAUUUUUUAUUUAAAAACACAAAACAACAAAAAAAAAAAAAAAAGAAAAGAGAAAAAAAAAAAAAAGAUCUCCGUACGAUGGCGUUUGUCUCCUCUCGGGGUAAGGAGCCAGGGAAGCAGCGGGCUUGCCGGCCCUGGCUGGGGGGCUUCCACCCCCCCCGGGCGGCAAGUCCCACAUGGUGGGGGGGUCGGGGGUCGGGUCCCCUCAGGGCGGGGCUGGUCCCCACGCGUGGGGUUGUUGUGCGGGGCGCCCAUCCCCCUAAAAUCAGGUCUUGCAAUGCUAUGCAAUAAUCCGG